AUGAAACUCCCAUCCCUCCUCACCACCGCCCUCCUCGCCGCCACCACCGCCGCAACCGCACUCCCCCACCCAGCAUCCAGCCCAUCCCUCCAACCACGCCAAGACACAGGCUCCUACACCAUCCCCGGACUCGGCGCGCGAAAGCGCCAGGUCACCGCUGCCGGGGCCUCGGUGUUUGACCUGGCAAUCGCCAUGCUGGAGACUGAGCGUAUGGAUACGGAUUAUGUCUAUGGUGAUAACAAACAAGACGACUCGGCAAACUUUGGCAUUUUCAAGCAGAAUUGGGGUAUGUUGAGAGCGUGUUGUGACAGGUUUAGGGGCCAGGAACAGAGUAGUUGGAAUAAUGGGGCCCUGUUGAACUCCGAUCUCCAGGCCGAUGUAACUUGCCUGAAGCAAUGCCAAUCCUUCUACGGUAUGGAUCGUUGGUUAGCCGGGCACCGCAAUGGCGCAACUGGGUUGAGUAAUCCGAAUACACCGGAUAUCCAGAAUUAUGUCAACGGGGUUAGGUAUAUUGAGCAGCAGUUGUCGACGCAGCCGGGGGGCUUGACGAAUGAUGUGAGGUACUGGAUUUUCGUUGUUCCGAUUUGA